GUUCGUUCCUUUUGAUGCUUCAUUUAAUGAAUUCAUAAAACCCUUUAUAAGAGAUAUCCAGUUAUUAGAAAAUGGAAUACCAAUGAAAAUCAAUAAUAUAGAAUAUUUAAUAAUAGAUAGUUUAGGAGUUGUUACAGCAGACUUACUUCAAGGAAAUGAUCUCUGUGGUAUAAAACAACAUGGCGCAAAUCAUGGGUGUCACAAUUGCCUUGUACCUCGAGAACAAUUAUCUGAUAAAAAUUAUAAUCAUCUUCAAAAUGUCCAUUAUUUUCAUCAGAUAAAAAAAUUACGACAACAAUAUAAUUUAUUAAAAAGUGUACAAGAAAAAAAAGAUUUUGUGACGAGACAUGGAAUAA